AUGGCCAGAAUAAAGGCUCGACAAUGUCCAAUAAAGGGAGCACGCAUUCCACAACUCGAACUGUUAGCAGGACUGAUUGGAGUUCGGGUGCAAAAUUUUGUAAAGAAUGAACGUAACAUGAAUGACGCUGUUUCUUGCGUGUACAGUGAUAGCAAAUGCGUUUUGCACUGGAUAAAUUCUACAAAAGCCAACAAUUCAAAAUUUGUCCAAAAUCAUCCUGAUGAAAUACGUGCCACGGAGAUAAUAUCGAAAUAUUUUCCAACGAAGGAUUAA